AGCCAGUACGUGACGCUACACGCCUUUGUUCUACUCACUUACUCGGCGGCGCGCGCAUCGUGCACCCACGAAGAGGAGAUUGGAAAGCCCCAGCGGCGGUUGUAUUCGCAGCCAACAUUUGAAGCGAUUCAUAUUUUUACUCUCUCUGGUUGACUCGGCCUCCUUUUUUUUUCUGAAAGAGGUUUUCUGACAACACUGACUUGUCGUGCGUUGGCCUGCGAAGUUGCUCGCACGCCGAUACAGCUGGAUCUUCUGUUCCUCUGCAUUCAUUACAGCAGUUGUGGCAGAAUAAUUCGUGAGUGAAUUUUCGAACUGCGCCUUUUCCUUUACAUUUCUUUUUUAAUUGAAAAUAUAUGCAUCUCGUUGCGCGUGUCCUCAUCGUUCAGCGUUCAGCGACUUCGGUGCCCCGACCGCCCCAUUUUUGUUUCGUGUUUGUGCGAUAAGCGACGCACCUUCGCUUCCUUUCUUUUUUGUAUUCCUGAGUAUUCACUGAACGUCGUUUUCCUCCUUUCCCCUCUUUCUCCGUUGUGAAAGGGGCUUCCCAUCGAUUACAACCACCAGCUGCGUCUUUUUUUUUCUCUUCUGUUCUCAUCACGACUGGCUUGUUUAGGUCGUGACGACGCACGUGAAUCUCGGCAGAGGCAAGUUCAUGCAUUUUUGCCAGUGAUUCACCGCUCUGUUGUAGGUGCAUCUGCCUUUUAUUUCUUUCGCGUUUCGUACCCCACGCGCAGGAAUACGCCCAAGUCUUCACAUCCACCCACACACACGCACCCGCACACGCGCAGGCAGCAAUGCGGUUUUUAAUCCAUUCGUUGUCGUAUUAUUUGAAGGAGUACCCACUCCGCUCCAAUCUGGUUUUGAGCACGACAGUGGGCUUCUGCGGCGACGUCGUGUGCCAGACUGUCUACGAGCCGUGGACGCAGUCGCGACCGCCUCUUACGAGGGAGCGGCUGCCCGAUGAGAGCAGAGACUCCGUCUUUCUCCUCUCGGUGGACUCGCCUUUCCUGUGUGCGAGAAACAUGUGGAGAGAAUACCAGGCCUCAUCCGGGCGACACACGGACUUAGCGAACGGUUCUCGUGGGGCGACGAGUACGACGGCGGAGAGCCAGCCGGUGGUGCGCGGCAACACCACUGUCCUCCUCGACCUCCGCCGCAGCAUGAUCUUCUGCAGCUUCACCUUCAUUUUCGGCGUGCCGUACUUUCUCUGGGUCUACCGUCACCUCGACCGCCUCAUCAACCCUGCCUUCAUCACGAAGCGCAACGCCAUCGCAAAAGGUUUUCUCAGCUACGUCGCGGCGCAAGUCACGAACCCCAUUUACUUAACCUACGUGACCGCGUUAGACCACUUUUUCAUUUACCGUGACGGGCGUGACGGACGGCGACGCGUGAUGGCGAUCCCAAUGACCGGUACGAGCACGCAGAAGGACCGCGUGGUGGAGGCGGGCGACGAAGACGCAAAGACGCAGCGCAGCACAGGCCGCAUCCGCUUUAGCUUCAGCCCUUUUCGCAACACCUCCAAAGAAUUGGACCAGACGACGGUGCACAAGAUGGGCUACUAUUACCGCUUUGUAGGCAACACGGACUUCAACUUCCACGAGUACUACACCUGUGUCAGCACCGAUGUGGAGCGCAAGCUACUCUAUGACUUCCCCGAUAUUAUGAAGUACGGCCUGAUGUUCUGGUCGGUCAAUUGGCUGCCCAUGUUUUAUUACAUUCCAUGCCAUUUCCGUCUCGCGUACUCGUCCAUGGUACAGGUGGCGUGGAGCGGGGUGAUGUCGCACCUGCUGCACCGCUGGAAGAAGAUGGAUGGCGACGACAUUCGCAUGCGGCGGCACCGGCUGCACUGA